UCCUUCCUCAUCUCCUCCUGCUCUCUCUCUUCGUCUCUCAGUCUCUCUUCCCUCUUCUUCCACCACAUGUACACCAUCCGCUUCCAUUAAUGAAAGUUAUGAAACCCUUCUUAUAAUUAGCACUACAACGUCUCAAUCACAAAAAUCUUCCCAUUUCCUACAACAAUUCAAACAUCUUCCCCUGCCUCUUCCUCCACCCUCCUCUUCCUUCUUCAACCCUACAGAUCGCCUAGUAUCUCUUCGCAUGUUCAUUUUCGGCUCUUCUUUUUGAGUCAGUUUGACUUACCUGCUUCAAUCCAUUUUCGCCGUUACUUGUAGAGUCCCUCGAAGAGAGAGAUUAUUGACGAGCGUUACAGUCUGCGUGUCAACCAUUUCACACAAUGUCAACCCUAUUUUCCUUUUGUCUUUUCUGAUUUUGCUCGCCUCUUGGGUUUUGUAGUCUCCAAUUCUUGCACGUCAAGAGAGAGAGAGAGUAUUAAGGGCUAAGUGCAAAACCCAAAAGUCUUUUAUGCCCCUUUUACAAACUAGAAGCCCAACCAGCUCCAUCUUUCUUCUUGUUCAAAGCCAUCUCUCUCGCUGAUCCAGAGACAUCUUGACACAAACUCUCCAGAAAAUGUCAAUUCCUUCUCAGUAUUAAUGUCUCGGUGACACCACCACUUUGAAUAGUGAGAGAAGAAAGAAGAAACAUGCGUCCAAAUUGCCAAUGCAUGCCACGGAAUUUUAAGCAAAGAAGGCGGAUCAUCGUGCUGUACUGUGUAUAGAGAUCAUCUUCAAGGUUAAUCAAUCUUCCAUACGUUCAGCUUCUAGAAUUUAGGGAUUUGUGUCGCAAAAUGUUUCAACAGCCAAGCAUGUAUGACUCUAGUAUGCUGGAUAUGUCCCACAAGAUGUCGGACAGUGAUCUGGUGGGAAGGAAGACCAAUGACGAUGAUUACGAGAUCAAAUCGGUGACUGAAACAACCAUGGAAGCUCCUUCUGGUGACGACCAAGACCCCGACCAACGUCCCAAAAAGAAGCGCUACCACCGCCACACCCAGCGCCAAAUACAGGAGUUGGAAGCCUUCUUCAAGGAGUGUCCCCACCCAGAUGACAAACAAAGGAAAGAGCUGAGCCGUGAGCUGGGAUUAGAGCCUUUGCAAGUCAAGUUUUGGUUCCAAAACAAGCGUACCCAAAUGAAGGCACAACAUGAACGCAGUGAGAAUUCAAUUUUGAAGGCUGAGAAUGAAAAGCUUCGUGCGGAAAACAAUAGGUACAAAGAAGCGCUAAGUAACGCUUCAUGCCCCAACUGUGGGGGCCCUGCUGCUCUUGGUGAAAUGUCCUUUGACGAGCAGCACCUCAGGAUUGAGAAUGCUCGUUUAAGAGAAGAGAUAGAUAGGAUAUCAGGAAUUGCUGCCAAAUAUGUCGGAAAGCCUGUGACAUCAUUUUCUCUCCUUUCAUCUAAUCAUGUUGCUUCACGCUCGCUCGAAGAUCUUGGAGUUAGUAGUAACUUUAUGUCACAAUCAGGGACGGUUGGCGAAAUGUACAGUGCGCGUAGUAGUGACCUUAUUAGGUCACUGCCAGUGCCUUCUGAAGCUGACAAGCCCAUGAUUGUGGAGCUUGCUGUUGCAGCAAUGGAGGAACUCAUCAGGUUGGGUCAGGCUGGAGAGCCCUUCUGGGUUAUCCCCAGUGACCACUCUUGUACCCACGAAGUUCUGAAUGAAGAAGAAUACUUGAGGACUUUUCCUAGGGGCAUAGGUCCUAAACCCUUGGGACUGAGAUCUGAAGCUUCCAGAGAAUCCGCUGUGGUUAUCAUGAAUCAUAUAAACCUUGUUGAGAUUCUCAUGGACGUGAAUCAGUGGUCAAGGGUGUUUUGCAGCAUCGUUUCAAGAGCAAUGACACUUGAGGUCCUGUCAACGGGAGUGGCAGGGAACUACAACGGAGCUUUGCAAGUGAUGUCUGCUGAGUUCCAAGUCCCUUCACCUCUUGUUCCUACAAGGGAAAACUACUUCGUCCGGUACUGUAAGCAGCAUGCAGAUGGGACAUGGGCAGUGGUCGAUGUUUCUCUGGACAACCUGCGACUUAGUGCUUUAUCUAGAAGCAGAAGAAGGCCUUCUGGCUGUCUGAUCCAAGAAUUGCCAAACGGGUACUCGAAGGUUACUUGGAUUGAACAUGUUGAAGUGGAUGAUAGAAAUUUGCACAAUAUAUACAGACCCCUCGUCAAUUCUGGCGUUGCCUUCGGAGCUAAACGUUGGGUGGCCACAUUAGAUAGACAAUGUGAACGUAUUGCUAGUUCUAUGGCCUGCAACAUACCUGCAGGAGACCUUUGCGUGAUAACGAGUUCUGAGGGAAGGAAGAGUGUGCUGAAGCUUGCAGAGAGGAUGGUGAUGAGUUUCUGUGCUGGAGUAGGGGCUUCAACGGCACAUGCAUGGACGACACUAUCAGCAACCGGGAACGAUGAUGUGAGGGUAAUGACCAGAAAGAGUAUGGAUGAUCCGGGCAGGCCUCCUGGUAUAGUUCUCAGUGCUGCUACUUCUUUCUGGCUUCCAGUUCCUCCAAACACGGUCUUCAAUUUCCUGCGAGAUGAGAACUCUAGAAGCGAGUGGGAUAUUUUAUCCAAUGGAGGCAUAGUCCAAGAAAUGGCUCAUAUAGCAAAUGGUCGUGAUCCAGGCAACUUUGUCUCCCUACUUCGUGUCAAUAGUGCAAAUUCAAGCCAAAGCAACAUGGUGAUACUUCAGGAGAGCUGCACAGACGCAACGGGAUCGUAUGUGAUAUAUGCCCCUGUAGAUAUAGUGGCCAUGAACGCAGUGCUUGGAGGAGGAGACCCAGACUAUGUUGCUCUCUUGCCCUCUGGUUUCGCCAUUCUUCCUGAUGGCUCUUCACUGAACAGCAACACUGGAGGAGGGCCUAUUCUUGAUGUUGGCUCAGGAGGUUCUCUUCUCACUGUUGCAUUUCAGAUCUUGGUUGAUUCAGUGCCUACAGCUAAGCUAUCUCUGGGCUCAGUUGCCACUGUUAACAGUUUGAUUAAGUGCACUGUUGAAAGGAUCAAAGCUGCAGUCAUGUAACUUGUGAUUAAUUAUAUAUGUUGUUAGGGCGAGGAUAUAGAGAAAGGAGAAAAGAUGGAAAAGGAGGGAGAAAGUCAAUAAACGCACCUUUGAGUAUCCAUUGAAGAAGCAGAGAAAGUUAGCAUCAUCUAUCAUCUUGGAAGGAUAUAUGGGUUCGGGUAUUGACUUCCCAAUAUAUUGAAGACUAAAGUAGCAGCUUUGAUUAAUUAAUUACUUAGUAGCUAAUUAUCAGGACUUAGUGUAUGUAACUUAGAGAAUAACUGCUCUAAUUACUUUUACCAGCUUCUCCCUGUGAUCUUUAAUUAUUGGUUUAGCCUUGAUCUUACCUAGUUUGCAUUGUAAGCUUAUGAGAAAUUAAAACCUUUGCUCUUGAAUGUUAUCUGGGUUUCUCUAUUUUCAAGA